AUGUCCAUCGUCGCCACCCUCGUCGCCGGCCUGCUGCUCACGGCAGUUCCCACCGCAGCCGUCGCCAUCGGCGAUGCUGAUUUCAGCCUGAUCGGUGAUGCGGCUGUCGGUUCCGUACGCCAUCAUGACGACGUCGACAUGCUUCCCUGCUACGUCGAGGAGCCUUGCCCGGAACUCGUACGCUUCCACGAGGCAAUGGCCGCAAACGAGCAUCUUGCCCGCCGGAGCCUAUCGAAUUCCACCGUCGACGGCCAAGACGAAGGCGGGCUCGUUUCCAUCGACGUCUACCUGAACAUCAUCGCACCGUCGGCCGACGAUGUGCGUCCCACGGAAGAACACAUCCUCAAGAUGGCCGGGUGGCUCCAGGAUUUUUUCCGGCCCUUUGGCUUCCUGUUCGUUCCCCGCCCUGUCCGGACCAUCUUCAAUCGAAGGUGGGGCAAGGGCUGGAGCAAGACGGAAAUGAUCUCGGAGCUUCAUCAGGGUGACGAACAAGCGCUGAACCUGAUCUUCAUCAACACCAUCGGACGAUUCGAUCCCGGCUGGAGCCGCAUGGGAGAAUGCUCCUAUCCCAACUUGGAAUUGGGGAAACCAGAUUUCUACAAACGCGACGCCUGUCUGCUCAACUACUUCGAGGGCAACUUCAAGACGCUCGUCCACGAGGUCGGACACUGGUUCGGAUUGUUUCACCCGUAUCAUGGAUCCGAUUGCGCCGGGGAAAACGAUCUGGUGGCCGACACGCCCGCCUCGCAAAAUUCCACCACUGGCUGUCCCCAAAAGCUCGACACCUGUCCCCAUCUGCCCGGCCUGGACCCUGUCGGCAACUUCAUGGACGUCACGCCUGUAACGUGCGGCAUGGACCAUACGCCUGGCCAACGUCAGCGCCUGCGCGAUCUGUGGCAAAUGUUCCGCUCGCGCAAAGAUUGCCAAUGGUUCGGCACCGCACCCUUCUGCGACGGCACCUGUCCCGACGGCUGGAGGGCCCAUCACGGCGACCCGUCGGGCGACGGCGACAAAUGCUUGACCGGCCACAAGACCUACUGCUGCCCGCUCGUGCGGAGCCUCUUGCCGCUGGCGCCGGAGCACCUCUCGCGGCCGGCAUAG